AUGCAGCCGCUGCCAAGUCUGUGCGGACACGCCCUGGUGGCCCUGAUCCUGGUCAGCGGCGUGGCGGGAGUGCAGGGACAAGAGAAGGGACUCCCACCGACCACUCCGCCGCCGCUUCUGGGGGCCCGAGAGAUCGUGAUAGCCCCUACUAAGACCUCCAGGACAUCAGGGUCCAACGCCAGCUUGCCGUGGUCAUCCGCACCUCCGCAGAUGCCCAAAGCAGGGAAGCAGCCGGCUGGAGCCCCGCCUCGCGCCCAUCCCCCUCCCCCGUGCACAGGAUCCAUUGAGAUCAAAGAGACUUUCAAGUAUAUCAACACGGUGGUGUCCUGCCUGGUGUUCGUGCUGGGCAUCAUCGGGAACUCCACGCUGCUGAGAAUUAUCUACAAGAACAAGUGCAUGAGAAACGGCCCUAAUAUCUUGAUAGCCAGCCUGGCUCUGGGAGACCUGCUGCACAUCAUCAUUGACAUCCCCAUCAAUGUCUACAAGCUACUCGCAAGGGGCUGGCCCUUCGGAGUUGAGGUGUGCAAGCUGGUGCCUUUCAUACAGAAGGCCUCCGUGGGGAUCACUGUGCUGAGUCUGUGUGCUCUGAGCAUUGACAGAUAUCGAGCCGUUGCAUCUUGGAGUCGAAUUAAAGGAAUUGGGGUUCCAAAAUGGACAGCAGUAGAAAUUGUUUUAAUUUGGGUGGUCUCUGUAGUUCUGGCUAUCCCUGAAGCUGUGGGUUUUGAUAUGAUUUCCACUGACUACAAAGGAAGUCCUCUGCGAGUCUGCAUGCUUCAUCCCGUUCAGAAAACAGCCUUCAUGCAGUUUUACCAGACAGCUAAAGAUUGGUGGCUAUUUAGUUUCUAUUUCUGCUUGCCAUUGGCCAUCACUGCACUUUUUUAUACCCUGAUGACGUGUGAAAUGUUGAGAAAGAAGAGUGGCAUGCAAAUUGCUUUGAACGAUCACUUAAAGCAGAGACGGGAAGUGGCCAAAACAGUAUUUUGCCUGGUCCUUGUCUUUGCCCUGUGUUGGCUUCCCCUUCACCUCAGCAGGAUUUUGAAGCUCACUCUUUAUGAUCCGAAUGAUCCCAAUAGAUGUGAACUUUUAAGCUUUUUGUUGGUAUUGGACUACAUCGGCAUCAACACAGCCUCCCUGAAUUCCUGCAUUAAUCCAAUAGCUCUGUAUUUGGUGAGCAAAAGAUUCAAAAACUGCUUUAAGUCAUGCUUAUGUUGCUGGUGCCAGUCAUUUGAAGAAAAGCAGUCUCUGGAAGAAAAGCAGUCGUGCUUAAAAUCCAAAGCCAAUGACCACGGAUAUGACAACUUCCGUUCCAGUAAUAAAUACAGCUCAUCUUGA